AUGGCGCAGAACAUCGAGCCGACCACCUGGACAGAGCUGGUCGCUACUGUACGUUACAAGGCCGAAGGUCUCGAGAUUGCCAUCGUCUUCCACGACUGUCAACAACGCGGACACAACGACAUUACGCUACUCUAUGGUGCAUACGCCAUCCUCGAGCAUGCAAUGGACAAACCCCAGGACCUGCCGGAACGUGGCAAAGCACUGUGUGCUUUCACUUGA